UAAUGGUUAUUCGCAAUUGUUGCCACCAGUGUAAAAUAGUGUAAUAAUUCAUAUUUGCAUAUAUAAUGUAUGAAUGUAAACACAUAUUCAUCUAAUUUAGCCGAUUAUCCUGAGAGUUAAGUACUUUUAUCAUAGUUGAGCACUAAGUUAUUAGGUGGCGUUAACAGUAACAUCUGAGCGGUUGGUGAAACUAGCUAGUUUAGAGUUCAGUGAUAUACACAUACUGCUGUUUGUCAGUGUUUUAAGAUGGCGGACUUGAAUGAGAAGUUGUUAGCAGAACUGCUAAAAAAACCUGGAAAUAACGUAUGUGCAGAUUGUGGGGCAAAGAAUCCAGAAUGGGCUUCGUAUAACAUAGGAAUAUUUGUGUGCACAAGAUGCGCUGGUAUACAUAGAUCUAUGGGUGCGCACAUCUCUAAGGUUAAACAUUUAAAGCUGGACAGAUGGGAGGACUCUCAAGUAAAUAGAAUCAGAGAAGUUGGUAAUGUAGCAGCUAGGUUGCAUUACGAAGAACGUGUACCUCCGUGUUAUCGUAGACCAAGCCCGGAUGCACCACAAGUAUUGGUGGAGCAAUGGAUAAGAGCAAAAUAUGAAAGGGAAGAGUUUUGUCAUCCAGAGAGGCAAAAUCAUUACGUUUCAGGGUUCAUGGAAGGAUUUUUAAUGAAACGUGGCAAAGAAGAUUCGCGUUAUCAUCCUCGUAAGUUUGUUCUUUGCGAAGCAGAAGAUACUCUAAAGUACCAUGUUAAGGAGAAUAAGGAGCCGAAAGCUGUUCUUAGAAUAUCAGAACUGAAUGUGGCUUUUGCUCCACCGAAAACUGGUAAUCAGAACAGCUUACAAAUAUCGUUUAUGAAAGAUGGUACAACAAGACAUAUCUAUGUAUAUCACGAAGAUCCAGAAGUAAUUACAAAUUGGUAUUUGGCAAUAAGAUGUGCGAAACUACAUCGUUUACAAGUUGCAUAUCCAGGAGCAACAGAAGCUGAAUUACUCUCGCAGCUUACUAGAGAUUUUCCUCGUGAAGGAUUUUUAUGGAAAACUGGACCUAGGCAUACUGAUGCUUAUAAAAAAAGAUGGUUCACGCUAGACGGACGAAAACUAAUGUAUCAUGACGAUCCUAUGGAUGCACAUCCGAAAGGUGAAAUCUUCUUGGGUCAUAGUUCAGACGGUUUUGCAGUGAAAACAGGAGUACCGCCAGGUGCAAGGGAUCAAGGAUUUUCGUUUACUCUCGAAACACCAGAUAGAACUUAUCUACUUUCUACUCAAAGUGACGAUGAUAGAACGCAAUGGAUGAAUGUUAUUCAGAAGGUGAUAGAUAAACCGCUUACUCCACAAGAUGCAACUGUGGCAGCGCGUCUUAUAAGAAAACGCACAGCUAGUGGAACAAUGAAUAUAUUUUCUUCUACAAGGUAGGGCUGGAUCCCUCUUAGGUGCCUUUCCUAAUUGUUAAAAAAGUAAAUACUAUCUAGACGAACCAAUUGAUCUGUUAUUGAGAGACUGUUGAGGAACUAACCAAGUAAGUACAUCACUCGACACGCAUAGCGAAAAAAUAAUUUUUCGUAAUCGCACAAUACCGUCGAGCUCUAUAUACGUAUUUAUUCGUAAAAAAUACACGUUAUAUCUCAUGCAUAUACAUAGUAUUAUAUAUAUAUAUAAAAAAAAAGAAUCUUUUAAUAAAAUAUAAGGCAAUCGUCAGUGUUCUCAUACGAUUAUUGCUAACAAAUUUAAAAGAUUUAAUGUAAACAAACAGUAAUUUCAAAUGACGAACCAAGUGUAUUGAAUUAAGUGAUACUUUGUGCACAUGUGUAAAUUUAUGUACACAUUUACACAAAGCAUGACACUAAAUUGAUACAAAA